UCAGCUAUGUCUGUUCAAUUUUAUUAGGCAUACAAGUUGACGUACGCUCAUAUAUUCUUCGAUCAUGUUGUUUCAUUUGGUUUGUUCUCAGAUUUCUGAAGUUUGGUUUUAGAAAUAUUCGUUUUCUGCUGUUUCUGAUUCCUGAGUGAUAUAUAUAUUGUCGUAGUUUUGGUUGUUAGAUUGGUGCGUGGGCAUGCAUGUUUGUUUGAGGUUAAUUAAUUAAUUGUUUGUUAGAAUCAUAAAACAUAAUCCAAGUGUUAUUGGUGAGUGAAUGGAAGGUGGUUUGGAGCACGUAAGAACGCCAUUGUUGGCAAGUAGUGAAGGUGAAAAGCCCAGCCAGAAUGGCAGCCUGAGAAAUCUCAGACGUGAUUUCUUCUCCAAAUUGCCUGACAAGCUUCGCUCUGGGCUCGAUCCUGAGGUCCCUUUUUGUUUGGAUCUUUCUAAAACCACUGGGUUGGUAAAAGGAGAGAAGGAUUACUAUGAAAAGCAGUUUGCCACCCUAAGGUCUUUUGAGGAAGUUGACUCUCUAGACUCACCCAAUGUUAUCGAUAAAGUGCAAGAUCAUAAACAACUAGCUCAACAUGAGAGAGCCAUCAAAAUUUCCAACUGGGCAAAUAUUUUUCUGCUUGCUUUCAAGAUAUAUGCUACAGCGAAGAGUGGAUCCUUAGCUAUUGCAGCAUCAACACUAGAUUCAUUGCUAGAUCUGAUGGCUGGUGCUAUACUUUGGUUCACACAUUUGUCAAUGAAAACUAUGAAUAUUUACAAGUAUCCAAUUGGAAAGUUGAGAAUGCAACCAGUAGGCAUUAUCAUCUUUGCUGCUGUCAUGGCCACUCUUGGCUUCCAAGUGCUUGUCCAGGCUGUAGAACAACUGAUCAUAGACAAACCUUCUGAGAAGAUGACUUCAGAGCAAUUGGUCUGGUUGUAUGCAAUCAUGCUGACAGCCACUGGAGUAAAACUUGCCCUUUGGUUUUACUGUAGAAGCUCAGGAAACACAAUUGUCCGCGCUUAUGCAAAGGAUCAUUAUUUUGAUGUCGUGACAAAUAUAGUUGGUCUGGUUGCUGCUGUUCUUGGAGAUGAAUUCUAUUGGUGGAUUGAUCCAGUUGGUGCAAUCAUCCUUGCACUAUAUACAAUUCUAAAUUGGACUGGAACUGUAAAGGAAAAUGCAGUUUCCCUGGUUGGACAAUCUGCUCCUCCUGAAGUCCUGCAGAAACUCACAUACCUUGUCCUAAGGCACCACCCUCAAAUCAAACGUGUUGACACAGUCCGUGCAUACACCAUUGGAGUUCUUUAUUUUGUUGAGGUUGACAUUGAACUGCCAGAGGAUUUGCCAUUGAAAGAAGCCCAUGCAAUUGGAGAAUCAUUGCAGAUAAAGAUUGAGGAGCUCCCUGAAGUUGAACGGGCGUUUGUUCAUCUAGAUUUUGAGUGUGAACACAAGCCAGAGCACUCUGUUCCUCACAGGCUCCCAGACAGCCCGCCUUGAGUUUUGAGUUUCCAAUUUCCAUCAUGCUAUGUUUUGUAAUUUUAGCCCAAGAGAUUUACCCUUUCUUGAAUGGAUGUUGUCAAGACUUCAUAGUACACUUUCAAACUUAAU